AUGGAUUUAAGACGCUGUCAAAGGCAUGAGAAGUAUUACUGGGAGGAUGGGAACGUUGUGUUUUUGGUAGAGCAUACGCUCUUUCGCGUUCAUCGGUAUCUGUUUGAGCAGAGCGCGGUCUUCAAUGCCAUGUUCUCUCUACCCCCCCCGCAAGGCACGCCGUUAGAAGGUUCGUCGGACAGUAACCCUAUCCGACUGGAGGGUGUGGACGCCGUUGCAUUCGAGCGUCUAUUGUGGUACAUGUAUCCCGGGUACAGAAUAUACAUCUAUCAACUUUCUUCUGGCACUGGGAUUGAGAUACUCAACAGGUUUCAUGGGGAUUUGACUGCCAUAUCGGCGGAUGGAUGGGUGCAGAUCUUGGAUAUGGCCACAAUGUUUGACUUCGAGAGAAUUCGAUCCAAUGCAAUCAACGUCCUCUCGAGAUGUCCUGAUCCCAUGUUCAAGUUGACUGUUGCGGACCGAUUCGACGUUGAUGAAUGGCGACUGAGCUGCUACGCCGAACUUUGCAUGCGACCUGCAUUCUUCACCGAGGCGGAAAUGCAGCAAAUGGGGCCUGAAACUGCAGCGCUCCUGGUUCACGCACGGGAGCUCGUCCGCUCUCAUCUCUUCCGUCGUGCUCACGGGCAUGCUGCACCUUGGCCUUGCCCAAACGGAAAGGAUUGCAAGAGGAAUGGCUGUGGGGAGCGCAUCGCUCAAGCAAUGUGCGACGUGCUCUUGAAGGGAACGGAGAGUACGGCAACCCUUGUUCCAGUAUUGUAUUCCGUCCUUGGUCCGAAAGACAAACGAUUGCGAGAAAACGGUCUCUGUGGUUACUGUGUUCUACAGUGGGACAGGGUCAUCUAUGACUACCUCGGCGAGCGUGAGGAAGUGUCACCGGUGUGUGGUCUUCCAAUUGCAACUCUUCCCCGAGAUGAUGAACGUCAAAUGUCCGCCGUUGCAUAA